AUGGGAACACCAGUGAUGGCUAGAAACUUUGACACGUUUCUCCUUGAACCGGGAAUCACUCCGCUGGGCUCGCCGACCGAACGUACCGGUGCCGGAAAUGCCUCACGACGAGACGGUUCAUCGCGUGUUACCAGAGCUGCAACUCCACAAACCCCUCCUCCGUUUCAGGAGAAUCCGCACGCACUCAAGGCUUCAAUGUUUGAGAAUGGCUUCGAUCUCAAGUUCCUGGUUAAGCACAAAUUGGAUGAGAAACUGGGCGGCUUUUUGUUAUUCCGAAUAAAGCGAAGAAUCUAUGCCUUAACUCUGAGACUAGCUACCGCUUUCUCGACGCGAGCGAAUGUCAAUCGUUGGAUCCAUUUGAAAGAAGAUGUUGAUACCCUCAGAACCAAAUACAGAAACGCAAAGAUAGAUAUCCUGGACCUUCAAACUGAUAUCGAACUCCUCAAUGACGGUGUCCCUCAAGAAGACGCUGACGAGCUUCGCCUGAAAAUUCAAGAACAGUCAACUACCAUUGCCAACCAACGAAUGAUAUGA